AGUCAGGAAAUAGGGUCCUUGCGACUGGCCGUACACGGCGAGACGCUAUGCCGUCAUAAGGCGGCGGCCAUUUUCGGAGGGAGGAGACUACCGGGACGGCGGUGGGCGCCCAGAGAGAGCGGGCUGGAGGGCGGGAGCAGGAGUCUGAGGAAUUGAGCGCGGCGCGGGCGGUGGCUGCUGAGGAACGGUGUUGGCGGCUGUAGGGGGCUUCCUCUUCCCUGCGUCUCCUAUCCCCCAGUGUCUUCCCAAUCGACUGAAGAGGCGCAAUGUCUGCGGAGAUCCCCGAGGCGGCCUCGGCUGAGGAGCAAAAGGAAAUGGAAGAUAAAGUAACUAGCCCAGAGAAAGCAGAAGAGGCAAAAUUAAAAGCAAGGUAUCCUCAUCUGGGACAAAAGCCUGGGGGUUCUGAUUUCUUGAGGAAGCGACUGCAGAAAGGACAAAAGUAUUUUGACUCUGGGGACUACAACAUGGCUAAAGCAAAGAUGAAGAACAAGCAGCUUCCUACUGCAGCCGCUCCUGACAAAACAGAGGUCACUGGUGAUCACAUUCCUACUCCGCAGGAUCUUCCACAGCGGAAACCAUCCCUUGUUGCUAGCAAACUGGCUGGCUGAUUAAAAGAGCUGAACUGCAUGAAUCUCCUCAUUCCUGUUAUUUCUCUCAAACAUGUUACUUCUCGGCUUUUUUUUCCUUCCAUACACUAAGUCAUUGAGACUGACAGCUUUGCAGGUAGCGGUAGUGUGUGCUGCUAUUGUUAAGGGAGUAAAUUUUAAGAAUAAACUGUAGUACUUUGGACUAGUUGAACAAUGCACUGAUGAAAAGGACACAUGUUAGAGCAAUGUAAAGUGAUCUACUUGAAAAUAAAUGUAUAUAUUGCCUAUUCCUUAGUGUAGGACUGGUUCCAGCAAAUAACAAGCAAGUUUUACAGUUUCACUGUUUUGGCUUUCCUUAUUCCUCUUAAUUACAGCUUUAUAUGUUUGUGUUAUUUAAUAUAAUCUAUUGUGUUGCCUUUUUUCUGUAUUUUUCUGUUUGGUUUUGUAAAACAGAGGUUUAAGACCACAAGUUGUUAGAUCAUGUAUUUAAAAUGAAAACCACACACACACACACACACACGGUGGGAUUCUGAAUGAUUUCUAUCUUUGCUCUUAAACUUGAAUGGCCUUAAACCUGUUUCAGCUUUAACAAUAGAAUUUUACUUGGGCAAUAUUUGCCCAUCCUGAUGUAACCUUUUGUGAAUUUAGUGCUUAUUAACAGCUGCCUGUUGAAGCUGGGUUUUUUUGUUUGUUUGUUUUGGGUUUUUUUAUUUUCAGUUCUGUAGUGUUAGAAUACCUUUUUUUUUUUUUUGAAGAUGUGAAUGAAGUGUGCAUGUGCACAGACUGUUGAAUUCACUUUUGUGCCAUUUUUGUAAAUAUAAUAGUUUUGCACAACCUCUCGCAAAUGUCUGUAUUAAUUUCACACUUUUAAACAACAGAUAAUGUGCCAACCAGAAGCACAAGAGUUCCCACCCCAAACUCUACACACUUAGAACUUUUGUAUAGGUAAGAGUAGUGUACAAUCUUGGAUUUAGAAAAUACCAAACUGGAUUACUCAUUUACGUAUAGACUUAAGUGUUUUCGUCUGUUACUAAUGCCCAUGACAUUCAGUGGCCUUGUGUGCAUAUACGAUAUGUUGCUUAGGCAUAUCUUUUGUCCUAUGCAGAACAUUUCAUUGUGACUUGUGAAAUUAUAAGUCACAUAAUUUGUAAGGUUUUUUUAAAUGGAGAAUAUUUUUACUUUCACACUCAACUUUCUGGAAGCUCUAGAACAAAAAGCCUUCAGGGCUUUAACCCCAUUUCUUGCUAUUAAUUUGACAUUUUAAGAGUAGGAGUUGAGGCCAUUUUGUGCAUUUGGAAGUAGAAGCAUACACUUAAUUUAUAAUAGUUCUGCUGAAUUCUAUACUUAUGACACACUAGGAUGAUAUUAUUGUUUAAGUAGCUAUUAAAUCCUGAUCCUCUGUAACUAAUAUUUGACAAUUCUAAAUGUACAAAUAAAAAGGCAUUUUGAAUAAGUAAAUACUUGAAGACUGACAUCCCAAAGAUAUAAGUCAAUAUGUAUGGACCUGUAACCUUUUAGUAAAUAUUUUUAGUAUUAAAUUAGAGGAAACUAAAUGAGUUGACCCUUGCUACAAUUAGAACAUCUCAUAUAAAGAGGAAUGAAUGUAUCCCAGUUAAAUAUUUAAGCCUUAGAUAUUUUGCUUUUAUAAAUAACAUUUUUUUUAAAGAUUUGAAGUGAUACCCAUUUAAUUUUUUCCCCUGUAGCACUGUUUCCUUAUCUCAUUCAUGAACAGGAACAAGUUGAGGCAGGCAGUCUUACCAAGGAGUUAAAAAUCUUUAUUGUGACUAAUUUACCAUUCGUAGUUUUGUACACUUUCCCCAGUUUUAUGCAGUGAUACAUUAUGACAACAUUAGCUCGAAAUAUGCCACUAAUAAUGUUUGCUUGUCUACAAAUUCCUUUUUGGUGUGUGUGGGGAAUGGAGGGUCAGGGGGAAAGGGGUUAGAGGCUAAUUUUCAGCCCUGAACACACAUGAUAAUUUCCAUUAUUGCAUUUCUGCAACCAAAAAUAUUAGGUGGCCAUAAGUAGAUUUAAUCAUUUCUAUUGGCAUUAAUGAAACUUUUAGCAAAUUGCCAUUUUAAGAAAAGUUUUGCAGUUACCUUUCUGCCCUCCAAAAAGAGCAGAAAAACAAAAUGAAGAAAAUAUUAAUUUGAAAAAGGUUACCAGAUUCGUUCAAGUGAAAUCCUCACCUACAUAUUAGUUGUAAGAGUGACUUCAACAUUGCAAAAACAACCCAAAAUGGAAUUUUAUGAAUUUUUGUCAAUUCUUGUUUAAUAUGUUCACAAAAGGCUUAAGUGCUAUGGUAGUGAAAUCCCCAUUCAUCUGAGAGGAGUGAUCUAAUAGACACUGCACUGAAAGAUUAAGAACACAGUGUUAAUGCUGACUGCGAAAGAGAAGAAUGUUGCUGUGGCCACGGCAGAUGACUUAAGUGCUGCCUCCAUUUCAGUUUUUUAACACAGGAUGCUAAUACUUAAUCUACCUCAAAACAUGUUGAGGAUCUGUGAAAUGCUGUUUAAGUGCCCAAUUUAAAAUAAUUGUGGUUGUCUUUAAUAAAGAUAAAAUUUCCUCAUAAAGCCAACCUGCCUUCUACAAAGUCAUAGUGCUUCAGAUCUCAGGAUUUUCCAUGAGGAAAGACCUGUUAAUGAUUUAAUGCUCGUUAUAUAUCUCCAUUAGUGGUGCUCUCAGAGCUGGUUGCUGUCUCCCUACUCUAAUUCCUUUCUUGCCCAAAGCUCCCUGUUUGUUUAUAAAAAUUGAGGUGUCACCAAGUGGUGUGUUAGGCCAUUACCAAUUUUAAACUUUACAGUUUUGAGUUUAUGGGUUUGAAAAUGUUAGCAUUUUAGAAAAUGUGAAUGACAGCAAAACUUAGGAAAACUGGCAGAAUAUUGAAGAAAAUUUCCAAAUAAAUUUGGUCAGCUGGUCAUGAAAAUAAAUUGCAUUUAGUUGAAAACCUAUCUAGCCAUUAAAAAUAAUUAUAAAUUCAGGUGUUAACCAGGAUGCUCAGUUUUGAGGUAAAUAAGUACAGUAUAACUUACUAGAGCCGAUUUUUUGAUGUAGAAUAAGGGUCUGGGCUGAAAUUUACCUUAAUACUUUGAAUGUCCUGACCUAAGCCAAUUAGUAUAAACAGCAUUGUAAAAGGCAUGUUCAUUACAUUCUAUGGUGCUGCUGAUUUUAAAAUGAGUUAUCUUUUUAUUAAAGCAGAUGGAAGGGCUUCUACUUGGACAUCUUUUUUUUAACAAUUGGUGUUGACAUAUGUGCUUAAAGUAAAAUUACUGAGUAUUAUAUGAUGGUGACUUUUCCCUAAUUAAAAAUUAAUAUUAUUUGAUUUAGUCUAAAUUACAGGUUUUUCUGUAGCUAACUCAGGUACUGUCUAAUCUAAGGGUAAGUAGCCUGUGGUAAGGACAUUGCUGAGUUUAGCAUUCUUAUAUUUUGCAGCAUAUUUAUAUGGUUUAUCUUCUCCCUCUUUUAGUUUUUUUUCCCUUUUGUCCCUCUCCCUCUUUUUCUUUGUUUUGUAAAAUUUAAGUCUCAGAACAGCACCAAUUAUCUUGCUUAGCUCUUAAUAUUUGGAAGUCACUAAUUCGAACUACUGACCAUUUACACCUCAGCAUGCACUGCCAACUGAAUUACACUUGUCCACUUGUCAUUAAGAUCUUUGCUUUUGUAUUAGAAAAUUUCUUUUCCCACCUUUGUAAAUAGAGGAUCAAAUUGAAAAUUUCUACUGAAACCUCACUCUAGAAUAGAUAACCCCAAGGAUGUGUAAACACCUCAUAAAAUAUAUUUCUUUUAUAAGUUUUGACAUCCUAAGUAGGUGUCAAGCCUCUGCAUCUUUUUUACCCUGGAAAUCUUUUUUCAUUUUCAGCCUUCUGGGUAAGCCAUGAUCAGUCAUUAAUGUAAUAUGUUUUUAUAAUGUCAUUUAUCACCUAGCUAGAAGUUUUAAGUAAAAAGUUAAUUCCUUCAGUGCUUUGCCCUCAAAUCUUGUUUUGCAUCUGUCAUUGUUGAUGCAGUAGAACACCAAUACAGCAUGUAUAAAAGAACCAGACUAAUACCUCUUCUGUUUAACAUGAGUUGGAAACAAAUGAUGAAAUUUGUCAAUUGCCAAUCCCUUCUAAAAUUAUACAUGUAAGAGAUAUAGGAAAAUAAACUGUUCUACCCAAUU